AUGCUCAGCGUCCUCCCAAUCCUCCUGGUAGGACUUGCAGGCGGUGCAUACUCCCAGCCAAUAGAAGAGAGGAAGACAGACACAACCUAUCACGACAAUGCCGGUGUUCUCAAAUUUGUCAACCCUCUUAUCGGCACAUACGGAACGACACCAAAUGGCAACGGCGGCAUGAUCCCUUCCGUCAGCCCUCCCUUCGGUAUGACCCGCUGGACGCCGCAGACCCGCGAGAACUUCAUUUCGCAAGUGCCCUACGGCGACAGUGACCGUCUUAUCCAUGGGUUCCAAGCUACGCAUCAACCGGCUAUCUGGAUGGGUGAGGCGGGUCAGGUUGUACUGACACCGGGAAUUGGCGAGGUGCAGCCCCUGUUUCAGAACCGGGGACUGCAGUUCCGAAAGAAGGAUGAGACGAGUACACCGUAUGUCUAUGAGGUCGUUGUUGAUGCUACUCAGCUCUUAGACCGUGACUGGAAUGCGACGGCUGAGGCUGUGGGCGAUGGGCCUGUUCCCGGUGGUGCGGGUUCUGUGCCGGUUGAGGUGAAGGAAGGUGCCAAUGGGCGGACGCGAAAAAGGCAGAUUGAGUCUGUCCUGCGUGGUAGGGAUAGUGAUCCGUAUCAGCAGUCAGUCCAGGUUGCCAUGUCCGCAGAUUCUCACGUUGGCCAUCUUCGAUUUGACUUCCAACAAAGCCAUACUAAUUUGGAUGGCGAAGUCCAGCCUUGGGUAUUUAUUCAAGCCUCGCGUCGGAACUGGACAGGCGAAGUCCACAUUGAUGCGAACAGUCGGGAGGUCUACGGCUAUAAUACUGAGCGUCAGGAUUACCUCCUCGGCCCGGAUAAAGCAUCGUCAUUCAAAGGAUAUUUCGUGUCUCGCUUUUCUGAGCAGUUUACUGAAUUUGGUGUGGCGAAUGGAGGCUCAGUUAUCAAGGACGAGGUCGGGCGACGCGGCAACUUCACUGGUGCAUAUGUGAAAUUUGCCAACUCGACACCGCGUGUGGAAGUGCGCACUGGUGUUUCUUAUGUCAGUAUCGCACAAGCAAGGAAGAAUAUCGAGAUCCAGACUCCAGAUGGGAACACCUUCGAGGAUACCGUUGAGAAAGUGAAGUCGGCUUGGCUUGAUAAGUUGGGCAGGGUAUCCAUCAACGGUAUCAACAAGACCGAUGCUGAUAACGACCCCCGCACUAUUUGGUAUACCGGCCUGUUCCAUGCGCUUCAGUAUCCAAGUGAUUUCUCCGAGCCAACAUCACAUCGGGAAGAUGCUCCGCGUGUUUUCUACUCUGGCUAUACCGAUAGUGUCCACACUGAGAACGACUCAUACUACCAGUCAUGGUCAAUCUGGGAUACAUACAGAGCCGAGCACUCUCUCCUGACUCUCUUCGCACCGGAGCAUGUGAACAGCAUGAUGCGCUCCUUGCUACGCAUCUUUGACUGGUCAGGUUGGUUGCCGAUGUGGGCUAACUUGGUCGAGACGAAUAUCAUGAUCGCAACGAAUGCAGACGUGGUGCUUGCCAACGCUCUAGAGCGAGGAUUUAAGGACUUCAAUAUUGGCAAGGCUUGGAAUGCUGUCAAAAAGGAUGCAUAUACUCCGCCCGAUCACGAUACCGAUACUCUGUACUAUGACCGUGAGCCCGGUACCUCAUAUGAGGCCCGCGCCGGACUCACAUCAUACAUGAAGCAGGGCUGGGUGUCUAAUGACGGCUGGUCAGAGGCCGGUAGCCGCACGUUGGACUAUGCGUUCAAUGAUUGUGCAUGUUCGGUUGUGGCUGCCCAUGCCGGAGAGAACGACGCCACAGUGGAAGCGCUCAAGAACCGAAGCGGAAACUACGCGUAUCUUUGGAACAACGAGACUCAAUUUAUGCAAGCCCGGAACGGGAACGGGACUUGGGCUAAUAGCACUUUCGGAUGGACCGAAGGCGAUGACUGGGUCUACACAUUUGACGUGAUGCAUGACGUGAAAGGACUGGCUGGACUUUUUGGUUGCCGUCAAGCCUUCCGCGAUAAGUUGGAUGCGCAUUUCGAGGGCGGGCACAAUGACCAUACCAAUGAACCGAGUCACCAUGUACCCUAUUUGUAUUCUACUCUGGGUUAUCCCAACCAAGCAGCUGAGACAGUCAGGGCCAUUGCUUGGGAGAACUACAAUGCGACCAGUGGGGGGUUGAGCGGAAAUGAAGACUUGGGUCAGAUGAGCGCUUGGUACGUCUUCUCCGCGUUGGGAUUCUAUCCCCUCAACCCUGCCAGUGACGAGUAUAUCAUUGGCACACCAUUCUUUGAGCAGGUGUCUAUCCGCCUUCCUAGCGGUGCGAAUACUGGCGGACAAGUUGCCAGUAGCAGUGAGAGGACGCUUGAAAUUACCGCUCCGGGGGCAUCCAUGAGGCCGUAUGUUGGUAGUUUGAAGAUCGAUGGGAUACGUAUUAACGCUCCAAUUCUGAAGCACAGUCAGCUUGUGAAUGCGGCAAGAAUCGAGUUUGAAAUGAGUGCUACACCCACUUCCUGGGGAAGUCGCCCCUUAUGGGAAAUUUGA